AAAAUCCUUUGRUGGCUCACAAGUCGCAAUAGAGCUCUCUGUGUCCAGUAAUGGUGUUCCUGUUAGCCAUGAAUAUCCAAACGACGAUUCCUCGAAGCAUCUCUUCAAUAUCAUCACAAUUUUCUUCACGUAUCGAGCUACCGACGAAGUUCUUAUUUGUUCGGCCUUUCCGAAAUCAGAAACCUCCCACGGGAAUCGUUUGCAUGGCGGAGCCUUAUCUUCUAAAGAAACUCGAAUCCGCUGAGAAAACUUGGAAAGAACUAUCGGUUAAGCUAGCAGAUCCGGACGUGGUUUCGAAUCCUAGUGAGUACCAAAAGCUGGCGCAAUCUAUGUCUGACCUUGAUGAGGUUGUAGCAACAUACAGAGGAUUUAAGGACUGCGAGAAACAACUUGAAGAGUCCAAAGUUUUGUCAAAAGAGGUCGACAGCGAUGAAGAGAUGGCUGAGAUGAUAGCUUCUGAAAUUGAAUCUUUAUCCAAUCAACUUAAAGUGUUUGAGGAGAAGCUUAAGAUGUUGUUGAUUCCAAGUGAUCCUCUGGAUGCUAGGAACAUAUUGCUUGAAGUUAGGGCUGGUACAGGCGGUGAAGAGGCUGGACUGUGGGCUGCUGACCUUGUUCGUAUGUACCAGAGGUACAGUGAACGAAACUCAUUGAGAUACACACCGCUUUCGUGCUCUGAGGCUGAAAGAGGAGGAUACAAGACAUAUGUGAUGGAAGUUAAAGGUGCACGGGUAUAUAGCAAACUGAAGUAUGAAUCGGGUGUCCAUAGGGUUCAACGUGUUCCUCAGACAGAAGCCCAAGGACGGAUUCACACAUCAACUGCCACUGUGGCCAUCAUGCCAGAGGCCGAAGAGGUCGAUGUGGUAAUUGAUCCAAAAGAAAUUGAACUUACAACUGCAAGGUCUGGUGGUGCUGGAGGUCAGAACGUUAAUAAGGUUGAAACAGCAGUCGAUCUUUUCCACAAACCAACAGGAAUCCGAAUCUUUUGCACGGAAGAAAGGAGUCAACUAAAAAAUAAAAAUCGUGCAAUGCAGCUAUUGCGAGCAAAAUUAUAUGAAAUCAAACUAAAGGAACAACAAGAGUCCCAAAGAAAUGAAAGAAAAUCUCAGGUUGGUAGCGGUGCUCGUGCAGAAAAGAUCCGUACAUACAAUUUCAAGGACAAUAGGGUUACUGAUCACAGAUUGAAGAUGAACUUCGAGCUCACUUCAUUUCUUGAUGGUGAUAUUGAGACAGCCAUUCAGUCUUGUGCGUCUAUGGAACAAAGGGAAUUACUAGAGGAGCUUGCAGAUUCGGUAGGAGCUGCAGCCCGAUAGGUCGUUAAUCGAAACUGGACGUGUAUUUCAUCAUUUUGUUAUGUAGCAGUCUUUCCUUGUCUAGCAUAACCCGUGYAGRGUAUACAAAUACCAGCGAGCAWUGCUACGUGUAUUUCAUMAUUUUGUUAUGUAGCAGUCUUUCAUACAUGUAAAAAUAGAYGAGGAUGGAUGCGAACUAAUACUUUUGUAGAUUUUAAUAUGAAAUGAAAGCCAUCACAUUUGCUUCUGUUUAA